GGACAAGUCAAUUUUCUAAGAAUUUUAGUGUGCUACUAGUGGGACUGCCAAUCCAGAGGUGACAUACAUUUGCUAGAUAAAACGGAAUAAAUGCACUUGGAAUGCCAAGCGGAGGGAGAUUUUGUCAUUCCCUCAAGCAGCCAAGUGUCCUGGGUCUGCAGGAAGGGGGAAAAAAAACCAAAGUUGCCUACGAGAAAAAUCUCCGAAAUCUACAACUGAACAAUAAAUAACUUUACGAAAAGCGACGCAAAUGUCAGAGGAGACAUGCAUCCGAGGAAGUGGGCUCUUGAGAACUUCCCGGCGCCUCUGCAAGGGCCCAGUUUCGGGCGCCUCGGGGUGGCUUCGAAUUACAGUAGGGUAGCAUCCAUCUUAAGCCGUUGCCCUGCCUGUAAGGAAUCCUGCUUUCCGUGAUCGAUCCGUGUUGUCUUGUCUGCGCUUUCACACCAAGCAGAGGCACUCGAUUGGUCGUCCUUACUUCGCUUCAGCUUCAGGACGGGAGCUAAAAGGGCUACCACGCCUCGAAGGGACGCGACUGAGGAGCCCCACCAUGUGGCGGGCGGUCUCCGGGAGACCCGGGGGCUUCGGUCCGGCGCGCCUCCUGAGUCGCCCUUCCCUCAGGCGCUGCAGCGGAGGAAGGGCGGCGGCGACGGUGUCGGUCACCCCUGCGGUAGGCUUAGCGGAUCAACCCGCUAGGAUUCGGGUGUCGGGGCUCAGCCCCUGGCAGGAGGUGACCCUCCGGGCGCUGGCGGCGAGCGAGCAAGGCAGCCUCUUCGAGGCUUGUGCCCACUACCGGGCGGACGCGGCGGGCGAGGUGGACCUCUCCAGGGAGGCCUCGAGAGGAGGAGGCUACGCGGGACGGGAGCCGAUGGGGCUCUUCUGGAGCCUCGCCCCGGCGGCCAUGGAGAAGCCCUACCAGAGGCUGGAGCCGCGGAGCGUCAAGGCGCCGCUGAAGGUGGAGCUGUCGGUGCACCGGGGCUACAGCCCGCCCGGCGCCAUCCCCGGGCCCGUGCUGGGCCAGACGAGCGUCGAAAGGUGGUUCACCCGCCCGGACGUGCGCAAGAUUCGGCUGAAGGAAGGAGCCGUGAGAGGCAGCUUGUUUCUCCCUCCAGGGAAUGGCCCCUUCCCAGGAGUCAUAGAUAUGUUUGGUGAUGAAGGUGGGUUGAUUGAAUUCCGGUCCAGCCUUCUGGCUACUCAUGGCUUCGCUGCUCUUUCCUUGCCGUAUUUUAAUUUUGAGGAUCUUCCCAAGGUCAUGGAGGAUUUCCACCUUGAGUACUUUGAAGAGGCUGCCAGGUUUUUGCUGCGCCACCCAAAGAUUAAUGGACCAGGAAUUGGUGUUGUAGGAACUGGGAAAGGAGCAGAACUGGCACUGUCAAUGAUGACCUUCCUGCCAGAUGUGGUGGCUGCCGUUUGUAUUUCUGGUUGUAGCUCCAUCACGGCUAGCGCCCUUCAUUAUGGCAAAAUGACUCUGCCUGGACUUUGCUUUAACAUGAGCAGGAUUAGGAUUUCUGAAAGUGGCGUAUUUGAUAUGUAUGAAGCCCUGGAUGAUCCAAUGGACCCAGCCAACUCAUGCUCUCGCAUUCCUGUAGAAAAAGCAGAAGGCCACUUCCUUUUUGUGGUAGGAGAGGAUGAUCGCCAUUGGAAGAGUUCUUUGUAUGCUAAGAUAGCCAUUGACUGCCUACGUCAGCAUGGGAAGGACAACUUUAAACUCUUGAGCUACGCUGGAGCAGGCCAUCACAUUAAUCCAUCAUUUUCUCCUGUUUGUUCAGUGACUUUGGACCGUAUUCUAGGAGUGCCUAUUUUGGCUGGUGGAGAAAGCAAAGCUCAUGCCCACGCCCAAGAACAUUCUUGGGGAAAGAUUCUUGAGUUUCUCCACUUUCACUUGAGAUAAGAAGAGCAGCCCAAUAGUUGAAUGCUGGGAGAAGAUGAUACAGAAGGUUCUGAAGGCUACUAAAAGGUGAUUCAAGGUACUAAGAAGGAAAAAUGGAGGGGCCAAAAUGUUCAUAGUCUGGUUGUAGGAUAAUCAAAGUAUAUAAUGAGAGGAGAUAGCACUAACUGGCUAGGGUGGAAUGGCCACAAACCGAUUUAAAAAACGUGCCGUACUGAGAUGUAACAUCUAAUGAUGAAAAUAUACAUGAAUGCAUAUUUCCCAGUAUGGAAAUUGGUGAAGGUUGUCGAACAGUGGGCCUUUUCAUGUUAGUAUAUAGCUGUACAACCCAGCCAGCUACUAAAAGAUUCAAGGUAGAAUCCAAUUAUACCAACAAAAGCAUAAAUAACUAGCUUGUUUUCAGCACUGUCUAUAGGUCUCUACUAUUUUGAGACCAGAAAACUCAGAAUAUCAAAGUAUUAUGCUAUCUAAAAAUUAUAUAUGCAUAUAAAUUAGAUACACGACUAAUACCACUACUUGAAGAAAGAGUUGGAGGGCUGUUUAAGCCAAAGUAAUAGAAAAAGAUUAGAGUCUCAAACAUCCUGACCUGGUUUUUAAACUGAAAACAAUGAUGCCAUGAUUCAUUAUGGUUAUGUAGAAUAGUUUUUGCUUCUGUUAUAUCUGGUGAAAGAUAUAACAGAAAUAAUGUAAAAAUUAGGCUACUGAGUAGUAUAAUUUAAUACGGUAAGUGCCAGUAAGGCAGAUGCCAGUAUGUGCAAUGGGGCUAAAUCUGUCUUGUUUCAAAAAUAUUUUUAGUCCUAAGUAACAGGAUGCCAUUUCUUUAACAUUGGUGUGGUGAACUUGCAGUCUGUGGGCCACAUGUAGCGCCCAGAAAAAUCUAGCCCUCCAGACAUGUCAGGACUUGUCUUCAGGCUACCCUAUUGAGAAUUGCUUUAUUUCUGUUUUUCAUGUCUAUGGAUAUACAUACAAGAGAAAUAGAGGAGGGGUUGGGAAUAGCAGAACAAGAGUUACACCACACUAUGAACUCUGUCUAUUCUUUGGCUGAGAUUCCAUUGAUAAUCUCUUGCAGCCCUUGUUGAAUGUUCCUAUGCAUCAGUGGCCGUCAUAGGAAAAACCCUCCUCAUUGUUUGUAUAUCUAGAAGUAAUGUGUUUAGAUCUGUUAUCAUUUAGUCCCUUGAUUUGGAAAAUCUGUCACCUGGUGGGUAUUUUUCUUAUAGGAGGUAUAUUUAAAUGUUGGUACCACUGUUGGUAUUAUUUCUUGCCAUGGCAUUUUUGUCCUUUGAUUACCUGCUUUAAGCCAGCAGUGAUUCCUACCUUUAGCAAGGAUUGUCAAAGUAUUUCCCUUCAGUCAUGCCAUUUCUCUGGCCUACAGGCUUGGCCUCCUGACCAGAUUCCAGCAAUAUAGGCAGACCUGACUUUACGUUCUACUUUUUUACAGGGGAGGGAAAGAGACGAAACCUGAAACUUAAUUGGAUUUAACAACUGAGUGUGUGGUAUGAAAAGAGGAUAAAUUAAAACAUGCACACAGCAACUGAAGGAAUCAAAGCAUGUUGAAGCAAUCAAAGAGUGGCACUUCCAGCAAUACAGCAGGGCUGUUUUUCUUCUCUCCUGGCACUUUGUUGAUUGGCAUUACGAAGAGAUUAUAAGUGAUUCUACUUAACUAUGUCUCCAGAUAUGUAAAUUAAAUGAACCAUGUUCUUGA